AAGCACCAACACAUUGGAGAGAUCUGGCCGCCCCCACUCUUGGGACCCGUAAAAGUUCUGGACAACAUCUGUUUCCCGAAAAGGAAAUCGAAAAGCAAUAAAAACCAGGCACCUCCAAGCAACAAAAUAAACAAAAGAAAACCAAACUAGUUCCUCCUCGAGCUUUGGAUGCAAACCGGUUUCGGCUUUUGUACACCCGUUUUGUUUUUUCCUACAUAAUACAACAUUAUACAAAGUUUGCAUCUGUUACAUGUGCCAAAAAUCGUUUGAUUAUACAAGCCAGUUUUCGUUUAAUUUUUUUUUCGUAUUUGCCGGAACAUCUUGAAUAUCGAUAGAAGCAAUUAGCGCCAUCAGACCAUAGGGGCAGCCCCCUGUGGCGACUGAAAGUGAGAGUUGAUCGGCCGCUGGGACAGACUGAAAUACAUCCAACAGUUGAUCGCGAAGCGGCGCAGCCAACGGACGUGUCCAGCUGCGACCUAAAGAAGGAAACUAAUCUAAUCGAAGAACCCGAAAUGAAUCUAUCAAUUCCGGUGCUAUUUGUGGCCCUCAUCUGUCUGGGAGCUGUAUCGGCGUUUCCCCAACUGAGGCAGCGCAACGAGAAGCAGGUCCAAACCGGCGAUGAAGAUUUGCCCUCCAAGGGCGCAACAAUCGAGGAAGUAGUUGUGGAAUCAGCCUUGUACAUAAAACCGAAGUCAAACCCACAAGUACGACGCGUUCGUUCAGUCCUCGACCAAAUAUCCGGAAUCAAUGCUGCUCAUAAGAGGGUGAAGCGUCAGUUUGGGCGACAAUUUGGUGGUCAGUAUGCUGGAAACCCCGGAUUCGGCGCCGGAUUCGGUGGCGGGCCUGGUUUUGGAGGUGGAUUCGGCGGUAAUCAAGGAUUCGGAGGUAACGAGGGAUUCGGUGGUAAUCGAGGAUUCGGCGGUAAUCAAGGGUUCGGUGGAAAAGUUCAGGCAGACACAUCGGCCGGCGCUGGGGGAACCAAAGCGGGUGUUGAUGUGGGAGCCGGACCCCAUGGUGGCAAUGCCAAUGCCAACGUCGAGUUAAAUCCGCUCGGACCACUCGGACCCGGUGGCUACAACCAGGAGCAGGCCGCAUCCAACGGAGCUGCCCACAGCAACUACAACAAUGGACUCAACUUUGGAUCCUCGGCCGCCAGUGGGCAGGCUCAAGGCUUCCAGUCGCAGAGUGCCAAUGGAUCAUUUGGUGCCUCCUCGGCUAGCACGGCUACUCAGUCCCAGAACACCAGCCCCUUUGGGUCCAAUAAUGCGGCAGGUGCUUCGCUGAGUCAAGUGUACCACCUUCCCAAUGGGCAGACAAUCGACUUUAGCUCCACGACCAGCUUCGCCAAUGGAGGAGCAAACCGCGGCAGCAGCCAUGGGUCGGCAGUUUCUGUCAGCGGCUAAAAGCAAAAUCCGGACUACAGGGAAAAUACCUCCAAGUUAAUCUAUUGGUCAGCAAUCCUAUGUGCAAAUGUCUAUAAAACCCAAAUAAAUAUUUAUGAUUGAAUUGAA